AUGGCGCUCUCCGGCGACGGCGGCCCGGUCCUCUUCCACCCGCCCUCCGCGCUGCACCACCACGCCGUCUUUCCCGGCCCCGCCCACCACCACCACCCCGGCAUGGUCUGGAAUCCCUUCCAGCCCACGUACGACCAGCAGCACCUCCUGCAUGUGCCCAUGCCCAUGCCCAUGCCCGGGCCCAUGAUGGUGCGCAUGCAGCCGCCGCCCGUCGACCGGUUCGCCUUCGACGCCCACGCCCACGCCCACCGCCGCCGACGCCGCCGCGGCGGUCGCGGCUCGAGGACGCCCUCGCCGCCCUCGUCGCCCGUGGGCCAGCCCGCCUUCGCCCGCCACGUCCACUACGCCCCGCAGCCACCGGCGGAGGUCGAGGUUCCCGCCCUGUGGGAAUGGAACCAGGCCGACGAGACCACGCCGCUGCUGCCGCCGCCGCACCCGGUGGUGACCAUCGACACGGAGAUCCCGGGCGCGCUGCACAGCUCCGCCACGCCGUUCUACCCGAGGGGCCCCGCUGAGGUCGAGGUGCGCGACGUGUGGAAGUGGAACCUGGUGAAGGAAAUGGCGGCCAUCACGGCGCUGCUGCCGACGCACCCGGUGGUGACCAUCGACACGGAGUUCCCGGGCGCGGUGCACGACUCGGCGACGCCGCGCGCCAAGCGGAGCCCCAAGGAGGCCUACGCGCUCGUCAGGCGCAACGUGGACCACCUGAAGCACCUGCUGCAGCUCGGCGUCACCCUCUCCGGGCCCGGGGGCAGCCACCCCGUGGUGUGGCAGUUCAACUUCCGGGGCUUCGACGAGCGGCUCGACCCGCACGCGCCGGAAUCCAUAGCCAUGCUCAAGGCCCACGGCAUGGACUUCGCCAGGCUCCGCGAGGACGGCAUCGACCCGGGCGACUUCGCCGACGAGUUCAUGCGCUCCGGCCUUAACCACCGCCGCCCGCGCCGGGGCAGGGGCGCCCCCGAGCCCCUCACGUGGGUUGCCUUCUCGGGCUCCUACGACUUCGCCUACCUCGCCAGGAUGCUUUUCCGCCAAGGCAGCAAAGGCUUGCCGCAGAAGCUCGAGGACUUCGGAAGGCGCGUGGAGAAGUUCUUCGGCCCGUGGGUGCUCGACGCCAAGUACAUUGCCAAGACCUGCCGCAUCGAGGACGGAGGCCUGGAGAAGGUGGCCAACACUUUGGGCGUCCAGCGCCGCGCCGGCGUCGCCCACAACGCCGGCUCCGACAGCCUUCUCACCGCCGACGUGAUGCUCGCCAUUGUGUUGCAGCUCGAGGGGCCCCCCAACUACGACUACAAAGUGCGCGAGAAACACGCCGGAAAGAUCGAUGGGCUCGUGUAA